GAAAGUGCUAGAGAAAUGCAGUGAGUUAUACAGCAAGUUUUAAUCUCUUUAUUUCAAAAGUCAGACAAGAAACCUGGAGUGAGUGAGAAAUCCUGUUGCUUUGCAAAUUCCCCUCCUAAACAGCUAUGUUGUGAGUUGAAGCUCUUAGGCGACUUUGCACAGGGGUGCUGAGAGCCACUUAACCAAACCAUAAAACUCUGUAUAAUGGAAACCACUUUAAGCCAGGGGGUGCAGUAACACCCCGAGUUCCACUACCUGUGGUUUUGCACACCUACAAAGCUAGCUUGCAUGGAAAUAGCAUCACAGGCGCCGUGCGAAGAAAAAUGCUACAGCUGUCCCGCCACUCAUCCAAUCAACAGCUGUGAGCUGUGUCUACCCAAUGAGGGAAGUGGUCUGGUGAAACCAGCCAAUCCAAGACUGCAGGGAGGAGCUGCGUAAAAACCGCGCGUCAAUCAGCCAGUGACGUAUCCAGCUCCGAUCCUACCAAAUGGAAGGAGUAAAGUGGCUAGUACAGUGCUAUGAUAUUCAGCACGGCUGCAUCCUGGGUGAUGAGAUGGGUCUCGGAAAGACUUGCCAGACUAUUGCUCUGCUUGUUUAUAUGACUGGAAAGUUAAACAAAAGACCAUUUCUGAUUCUUUGUCCUCUAUCUGUGUUGAGCAACUGGAAGGAGGAGCUGGAGAGAUUUGCUCCAGGUCUUUCCUGUGUGGCAUAUGCAGGAGACAAGGAGGAAAGGACCAAGCUGCAGUGGGACCUGAAAGCGCAUUCUCAUUUCCACGUGCUGCUCACUACAUAUGAGAUUUGCCUGAAAGAUGGAGCAUUUCUAAAAUUUUUUAACUGGGCUGCUCUGGUUGUGGAUGAGGCCCAGAGACUGAAAAACCAGAACUCACUGCUACACAAGACCCUUUCUGAGUUUUCAGUGGGCUUCAGUCUCCUCCUCACCGGCACGCCUGUUCAGAACAAUCUCCAGGAGCUGUACUCCUUACUCAGUUUUAUCGAGCCUGACAUCUUUCCUAAAGAGCAAGUGGAAGAGUUUGUUCAGUGUUACCAUGAGAUUGAAAAGGAGAGCAAGUCAGCCAAGGAAUUGCACAGUCUUCUGCAGCCCUUCUUGCUUAGGAGGGUGAAGGCUGAGGUUGCGGCAGAGCUGCCUAAGAAGGUGGAAGUGGUUCUGUAUCAUGGGAUGUCAGCCCUGCAGAGAAAAUACUACAAGGCUAUUUUGAUGAAAGAUCUAAAUGCAUUUGAAAAUGAAGCAGGGAAGAAGGUUAAACUUCAGAAUGUCUUAAUUCAGCUUCGAAAGUGUGUAGCCCAUCCAUACCUGUUCAGUGGUGUCGAACCAGAGCCCUUUGAAAUUGGAGACCACCUCAUUGAAGCUAGUGGGAAGCUGUGCUUGUUAGACAAACUCCUUUCUUUCUUAUAUGCUGGCGGUCAUCGGGUCUUGUUGUUUUCUCAGAUGACUCGGAUGCUGGAUAUUCUGCAAGACUACAUGGACUAUAGAGGCUACAGCUAUGAGCGGCUGGAUGGAUCUGUCAGAGGGGAAGAGAGGCACCUUGCCAUUAAGAAUUUUGGUCAGCAGCCCAUUUUUAUUUUCCUGCUGAGCACCAGGGCAGGUGGAGUCGGCAUGAAUCUAACUGCAGCAGAUACAGUUAUUUUUGUUGACAGUGAUUUUAACCCACAAAAUGACUUGCAAGCCACAGCGAGAGCUCACAGGAUUGGCCAGAACAAGCCUGUAAAAAUUAUCCGCUUGAUUGGACGGGAUACUGUAGAAGAAAUAAUCUACCGUCGAGCUGCAUCGAAGCUCCAGUUUACAAACACCGUUAUCGAAGGGGGGCAGUUUGCUCUGGGAGUACUCAGGUGUCAGGAUGCAGUAGACAUGCAGCUGAGUGAAAUCCUGAAGUUCGGUUUGGAUAAGCUGCUCUCAUCAGAGGGGAGCACCAUCCAGGAUGUGGAGCUGGAAAAUAUCCUUGGUGAGACAAAAGAAGGAAUGUGGGUAAUGGAUGUUGUGCUACCAAGUGAAGAAGAAAGCAGAGAGCAAGAUACAGAAAAUCAUAUGUACCUAUAUGAAGGCAAAGAUUAUUCGAAAGACCCGAGCAGAGAAGACAGAAGAGCAUUUGACCAGCUUUUGGAUCUUCAGAAAGUCCUUGAAGAGACCAAUCAAGAAGGACGAGCCCUCCGAAAUAAAGCAAACGUACUUGUCACGGGUCUUCAGGAGGUGCCUACAAGGAGGAAGCAUGCACUGAGCCCAGAAGAGCUGGAGGCCAGGAGAAGGAAACGACAGGAGGCAGCAGCAAAGAGAGCACGGCUCAUGGAAGAAAAGAAACAGAAAAAAGCAGAAGCUGAACACAAGAAAAAGAUGGCCUGGUGGGAGGCAAAUCACUACAGAUCCCCCUGUCUGUCCUCAGAGGAGAGCGACUCAGAGGAUGCCUUUGAGGAGCGGGAAGACAGGCUGGUUGUAGAGUUAGAUGACACAGACCCAGAGCUGAACUCCAUCAAGUACGUGAUGGGUGAUGUUACCCACCCCAGAACCGAAGAGGAGGAUGCAAUCAUUGUCCAUUGCAUAGAUGAUUCCGGCCGGUGGGGACGGGGAGGAUUAUUUACAGCUCUGGAAGUUCGUUCUGAUCAGCCCAGGAAAAUAUACGAGCUGGCAGGAAGGAUGAAAGACGUGGCAUUGAGAAGAACCCUCUUAUUCCCCAUUGACGAUAAAGAAUCCAGAAAUAAAGGCCAGGACUUGUUGGCCCUGAUUGUAGCACAGCACCGGGAUCGGUCCAACAACUUGUCUGGCAUUAAGCUGUCCGCUUUGGAAGAGGGCUUAAAGAAGAUUUAUUUAGCAGCCAAGAAAAGGAAUGCAAGCGUCCAUCUUCCACGUAUUGGACAUGCAACUAAGGGAUUUAACUGGUACGGUACUGAGCGGCUCAUCCGAAAAUAUUUAGCAACAAGAGGAAUCCCCACAUUUAUAUACUACUUCCCUAGGAAUAAAGCCUCUUCCUCUUCUUCACAACCAUCCACAUCUUCAAUGACAACCUCAAACCCUUGAAGAUCCAGUGAUUUAACUCAGAAGUGUACUGAUCUCUAAAAGCCCAUGAGCUCUUCAACAUCACAUCUACAGCCAGCCUGUAUUUAUGUCGCUUCUCUGAAGCAGAUCCAAAGUCACUGUUGGUUGUCCGGUUCUAGACCUCUAUAGUUCAAAGUGGUUUUUAUAUUAGUUAUGGAACUGAGCUGUGUUAAAACUUGUUCAAACUUCAGGAGCUACAUGCAUCUGGGAUGUUUGGGCCUAUGUCUAGUUUUUAAGAUGGAAAAUUAAACCUUCACUAAAGACCAAUCAUAAGCCCUCAUCUUAAACCAUCUUAAAUUAUUCUCAGGGUUUGCAGUACAGUUUUGUUUGACUUUUGCUUCAAAACCUUAUCUCUUGUUUACAACACUGAUUUUUCUGCUGAUUGUUUGGUGGCUGCUUGAGACAGUUUGAGUAGAUGGGUCUGUAGCUAUCCCUAACAAAUAUAUACAGACAGAGAGAGAGAGAGGAUUGUCUCAAGCAACCGCCAAAGGGCCAGCAAAAAAAUUCAGUCAUGUAAACGAGAGAUACAGUCUAAUGAUAAAAGUUCUUUCUUUGGUGAGGGAGGUGUCUGCAGCAAAAACUCAACAUAACACACACUUAAUGUAAACAGCCCCAACUCCAAAGAAACCCAUUUUAAUGAUGUUUCUUCAAACCGAAAAUUCUAAGUUCUAAAUUAGAACUAGUUGCACAGUCACAUGUUUGCAAGCAAGCAGUGUCCAUAUAACCAGUAUCCUUUGCCAGGACACACAAGUCUGACAAAAUCUGAGGUGGUCUUUGUAAGAUACACCUUUUUUCUUCCCACUACUGCUCUUUAUUAUAGAAUGCUUGGAUUAUUGCUGCUAUCAGGCAAAGCUGGUUUCCUUAUGCUGUUCUAAAGGUUUUGUGAUCCUUUGGUCCAAUUACAGAAAAAAAAGUAAUGGAAAAUGUUAUUUUCUUACUGGCUUUGCUCUGUAUGGCACAGUAAAACCUUUGUAACUAUAAUGUUUUUGGCGCCAUGUAACGUGGGUGCUGGGUAUCGCCUGUCAGCGGUGGUGUGCCUAACAAAUGAUUCAGUCAGAGAGGCUGUGAACAGCAAACAGGCAUCACUGGUGAUCUGUUCGACUUCUCAAAGAAAGUGCACUGCAGCCAACGGAAAGCGUGUGCUUAAAUAUAUUACUGCAUGUAUACGCUCUGCUGAAUGUAACACUGUAAUAGCACCAUCUGGUGACUGCCAAUAAUGUUACUAAGCCUGAUUCUGGCACCCUUCUUCCCAUUGAUGAGUACUUUCCUUCACAAGCAGUCUUACUGAGAUUUUACAUAUGUGCAUACGCAUACACAUGGUAUUGCCAAACACACACUCCCACACACAGGUUCUGAUCACUCAACUCCCGUUAAAACCAAUGGGAGUUGCAGGAGCUCAGCUCCUCUCAGGAUCAGGCCUUUGGCAACCAACCCUAUAAGCUCUUAUGUGAACAGCCCUUACUUACUUGGGUAAGAGUUUGCACGAUCAGGGCCUUACUUUGUAAAGUUCUUGGAGAUGAAAGGUGCCAUUUAAAUAUAUGUUACCUUAUUUUCAUUGAUAUGAACAACUGGCAUUCUCUGAACUGGCCAGCUGGUGGCGCUAUUAUCUAGCGCAAGCAACACAUGUUGCUGUUAGGCUGGUUUCAAAGAGCAAGGAAAUGUUAUGCUACA